AUCGUCAGAUGCCAAGAAACCGAUUACCUUGCUGGGCGUUAUCCAAGACUGACGCCCAAUCAAACCACCUACAAGAUGAAUGACGUCAUACGUGGCUGUAGCAUAUAUGCUCAACGACUUACCAAGCAUGGUUUCAUGUAUGAACGUCCGGAGGAGCAUCACGUGCCAGUUAGAAUUCAAGUUACAGAAUAUACUCGCCAUGGAGAAAUUGUUCUGUUUGAGGGUGAAUAUGGAGAGCGCGUCCUCAUGCCAGAUAUCCUAAAGAAAUAUAAGGACAGGAGCCUUGGUGUGUACGCAGUCUGCAUGUCCAAAAGCUUACAGUACUACAAAACAAAACUUUCCAUCGAAGGUAUGUAA